CCAGCGACAAGUGGACAGAAAAUUCACUCUGUCGUCAUUCGACUUACGACGGUGGAAAUCCUUGUUUUGAAGAAAAAUCGUUUGUUUGCAUGAAGCGGUUGAUCCUGAGAGAUCUGUCUCGUUCGUAUCUGAAGGGGAAAACGCAUAGGAGGUUCGUUUUCUUGUGACUUGCAAUCAAGAGCCUUCCCCAUUCGAUUGUAGUUCCCUGGUGACUAGCAGUUGCAGUUCUUUUUAUUUGCAGUGCAAAGUAAGAAUCACUUCCUGAAAAACUGGUGUACAUGACUGUGGUGAAACACCCUAAAAAUCAUGGUCGAGUGUGUAUAGCACGUGGCCAAAUUCUAAUGUGCCAUUAGUGAAUAUCGUAGACUUGAACCGUAAUAAAAUUUGCGUGGAGUGUAAGUGGAGCAUAGGAUCAGACCGUUUAUGUAGGAGGUAGUGAAAAUAUCAGCUGAUAUAGUGGCACUGUGCAACAGGGUUGAAUCAUGCAAGUGCUUGUAUGUAGAAGUUGUGCAAAAUAGUAAUUUGGUAUCAAAAUGUUGAAUAUCGUCGCGUUAGCAAAAAGUUCAGGUUUCGUCGCGAGAGAUACGCCAACAAUGUCCAGAAGAUCCACUUGACAGUGAUAUAACAACAAAUAAUAAGGAGGGAGAAUAAAAAUACUACAGCUACGACGAGCAGAGGAAUUUGUUUAUUUUGAAAAGGUUCUUGUGAAGUGCUUUUGUGCUAAUCACGGUCACCGGUGGUGGUACGUAGAUGGCUUUAAACGGCAUAGCAAUCAUACCAACCAUAUGAUUGGUGGAAGCUUACUCAAUAAGACGCUCUUGCAAAAACCGUACCAAAACAUAAUCUACUUGAAAGGGUCAGUGGCUUGCGGCAUUAAAAAACACGGUACGUAACAAUCUGCUAGAGAAAACUUGCUAUCAAGUGGGGAAGGAAACAGCGAGUGAUAAUUGAUAGCGACUAUACGAAGCUUAAAAGCGAAAGGAAGAAUAAUACGAAACAGAACAGAUUACAGAUAAUUCAACGAGAGUCGAAGAAGUGUGUUUACAGACGACUGGAAGCGUAAGGAAGAGAGCAGGGGAGACUGCAUUAGAAGUCCAAGUAGCAGAAGUGGAAUGCAAGAAUUUGGUAGUUUGUUCCCAGUACCGCGUGUGACCAAUGUGCGUGCAUAAAUAUAGCAAAUCGAAGCGUAACGCAUGACAGAGGAAAGGAUGUUGAUAUAAAUCGCAAAAUGGAAAAAUUCAAAUGUGUAUGCCUAGUAGUUCUACAAUAUUUCGGUGAAGCCUUUUAAGAUUCACUUGUUCACAUUGAAACAGAAGCAAAGUUGUACAUGUGCACUAAUACUUAUAGCUGAAUCUAUUGCUCACCGGUGACAUUUGACGAUGCUCGCAUAUUAAAGCUACUGCAGGACAAAGUGGGCAACCAGGUGAGCUGUAGUGUGUGGCUGGAAAUUGGAAGAGUAACAUCGGUUUGCGGCCAGGUGCAAGUGAAUUGCAGUUUGUUCGGUCAAGGGUGGUAAGUCCUUCAUCUUGACCAGUUAUACGGGGACCACCCCAUGGGUCGCAGUUGUUAGAAGGCGGUCAUUCACUUAUCGUGCCAUCGCUUAUCAUGAAACUUUGGAUAAAACUGGAAGAAAUACUCAGUAACGAGCGGAAAGUGGAGAACCAGAAGUGAAACCGUCGAAAGAAUUCGUUGAGAGGCUGGUAAUACUGUCCGGAUUUAUUUGGGCGGAUCGUUCGGCGGAAAUCACAGCGAUUAAGACAAGACUGUUACGAUGGGCCGAAAAAAGAUACAGAUUUCCCGGAUAACGGACGAGCGGAACCGACAGGUGACGUUCAACAAGCGCAAAUUUGGAGUCAUGAAAAAGGCGUACGAGCUAUCCGUGCUGUGCGACUGCGAGAUUGCGCUGAUCAUUUUCAGCAGUAGCAACAAGCUGUACCAAUAUGCCAGCACGGACAUGGACAAGGUGCUGCUGAAGUACACGGAGUACAACGAGCCGCACGAGUCGCUGACGAACAAGAACAUAAUUGAGAAAGAAAACAAAAAUGGCACGAUGUCACCUGACUCGCCGGAACCGGAAGAUAGCUACACACUGACGCCCCGCACCGAGGCCAAGUACAACAAGAUCGACGAGGACUUUCAGAUCAUGAUGCAGCGCAACCAGCAGCUGACGACGGGCAGCGGCACGCGGAGCAACAUGGCCACCGGUAGCUACUCACUGCCGGUUUCCGUGCCCGUCUCCGUGCCGGUGAUUGGCACGUACAACGACUCGAUGCUGCAGAGCAGUCCGCAGAUGGCACACAAUAGUAUUAGUCCGAGGCCUUCCAGUUCAGAAACGGACUCGGUUUAUCCGUCCGGUGGCAUAUUGGAAAUGUCCAACGGGUACCCACAUUCGGCGUCACCUCUUGGCGGAUCUCCCAGUCCCGGGCCGAGUCCAGGUAUUGGCUCUCUUCAGGCACAUAACAAUAACAAUAAUACCCAUAACACCCAUAACAAAAAGUUCCAUUUUGAAAACGCAGUGCAAACGAUAAAACAGAGUCCUUCCGGCGGCAGUGGCAGCUCCGGGUCGCGUUCCACCAACCUGCGAGUAGUCAUACCGACGCCCAUGAACCCGACAAUUAGUGGCGACGACAUAUCCUACGUGGAGCACACACGGCAGCAGACGAAUUUAAACACGCCGGUCGUAGCACUACAGACUCCGAUUCCGGGUUUGACGAACUACACCACCACGCUGGGCUCGUUCGGGGCGCAGGACUUUUCGCUCAAUCCGGAUCUCAUGAUUGGUCCUUGGAGUGCGGCCUCCAACCACAGCCAAAACUCCGCAGCCGCCGCCGCUGCCGCAAUGGGCUCCUUGCAACAUUCGAGCGGUUUGCCCCAUCUAGCUGUUUCGAACAGCACCCCGCCACCGUCAACCUCUCCGCUGUCGGUGAAGAUCAAGGCGGAACCGAUCUCGCCGCCACGAGAGCACCACAACAACGUGUCGCACCAGCACCACCAUGGACCCGGCGUCCCCGGGGGAGGGGGAGGUGGUAUGAACGGCACUCCGUCCGGAAGCAGCAGUAGUAACAAUGCUGGCGGCGGUGGCAGUGCCAGCAGCAACAGUGUGAACGCCACUAGCAACAACAGUGGCGCUUCCAGCCAACAGAACGGAGGCGGCAAUCCGCAACAGCAGCUAACGUCGAUGGGGAACGUGGUGGUGUCGGGCAACAGCGGAGCGACGUCCGCGAGUUCGUUAGGAGCCAAUUUGAGCCACUCCCACUUGAUACACUCACGUCCCUCCUCAACCGGGCAUCUCACACCGACUCCCGACUCCUAUAUGCCUCUUACCGGGCAUCUAACAGGUUCCGUGACCCCCACCAACGCUCCGUCGCCGGUCGACAUAAGGCACCUUAGCACGGGCGGCAGCCACCUGCCCGAAUACGACGCCCCUACAGCGCAGGCGCAUAAAAGACCAAGAAUAUCGGAAGGCUGGGCAACAUAG